ACUAAACAGGUUCCGACAGGUCUUGAGGUUUGAUCAAGGGAUCAUUGUUUCUUGCUUUAAAAGACGAAGACAUUGCUGAAAAUGGAACGAUCGAUUGGUUAUUGUCUACUGAAAAUUGAAAAGUAUUCGGCCUCUGAGGAAACCGAAAGUCUGGUGAAGAGUCUUUGCUGUCUGUGUGCACUUUUAAGAGUGGAAACGUGUUCAUUAGAGGUACUGAAGGAGAUAGUCAGUAGGUUAAUGGCUGUACUUAUGGCUCAUGAAAAUGUGGAAGUUGUCAAAAGUGCUCUGUCUAUAAUCAGUGAACUGACAGAGGACGCCAGCCUGCCAUCGGACAUAAUCUUGGCAUUGAUGUAUCAAGUGAAAAGCUUGUUGAAUUCUGGUGGAGUUAAAUUGACUGUUGUCUGUGAGUUGCUGACAUACUUGACCAAUGAGAAGACCAUACAGAUGCUUUGCUCUUCAGGUUGCCUAUGUUCCAUUCUUACUAUUUUCAGCAACAUUGACUCAUUUGAGAUUCCUUUGAAGGAAAUAAAUUGGAUUGUAAAUUGCAUAGUAUGUGCAAUAUCAGCUGAGACAAGGAUGAUGAUUGGGGAAAAAGUUAUUCCCAAAGUUGUUAAUUUUCUAAAUAUUUGGCUGAUUGAUUAUGAUGCUGAUGCUACCAUGACCCCUAUUCUAAAAGAAUUACUGUUCUUGUGCCGAUGUGUAACAUCUCGAUUUGCAGAAGGUCAAAACCUUUUUGUUCGAAAUGGGGGUCUUCAAUCUCUCAUCUGUGCCCUGAAAAGAACUCAUAAAAUGGAAGAGCACUUGGAAAAUGUUGUGCAGACCAGAAAUUGUCUGCACUUGGACUCUUCGCCAACAUUGUUUUCCAGUCUAGUGAUGCUUAUGGAUGUGGUAGUUACUCACAACAGCAAAGCUUGCCAGAUGGCUGACAUACUUCAUGCAACAGGCAUCCUGCAACACUAUCUCGACAUUGCCCCAGAAGAUCAGCAAUUGUCUUUAGUUGUGACGAUAGUGCAUAUUCUGGAAGCAGACAUAAGAACUCCUAGUCCAUCUUUGAUAAACAAAAUGUGUCACAUAGUUAAAAAGAGAGGUUGUGCCGAGGAUGUUUUCAGAUUCCUAAAGAGUAGACAGCAUGUUGAGAGGAAUCCUAGGGGGAAAUGUACACCUCAUCCAAGAAAGAGUCUCGCUUUGAAGACACGUCUCGCAGCCGACAAGACAAACAGUCCCACCCACCAUCAGUCACCAUCAAAGAAAAGUAAUCAGAAGGUUGAAAAGGUCCUCAGAAUCAAAGGUACUCCCCAUCCAAACAAGGCUUUGCAGCUUAAGAAGCCCCUGAAAAGGCUUGAAAACUCUGUUUCUGACUUAAAUACAAAAAAAUUAAAUUCAUCUCCAGAUGAAAAACUUCAGUCUUCAACUCAUGCAUCACAAGUAAAUUUGUGUUUGGAGUGCAAUCACUUACAAGUGGCUCCAAAGCCUACAAAGCCUAAGAAAUAUUUUUUCAGCCAUUCAGAUCUGUUACUUUUGAUGCAUUGUAUUCAAGUCCAUGGAGUAAAUAUGGAUAACGUUCGUCGCGUAUAUCCAGUGCAUCAAGAAUUAACUCCUGGAGAACUCUACGCUCUAUGGCGAGCUUUAUGGCCAAAAAAGAAAUUGCGAAGAUUGUUUUGAAUAGAUAAAUAAAUUUGUAACAUGCUAAUUUCUCCGUUCUAUAAUGGACGUACAAUAAAUAAUUUGAAUAAGUACAUAU